GCUAUCGAGUAUUCUUAUAUUAUUAAUUGAGGUUAAUAAUUACUAAAUAAUUCAAUUUAAUACCUUAUUAAAUCAUACGUGUGUUUAUUCCCGCGUUGAACUGGUAUACAGAGUGGAUUACAGUGAAUUGAAUCGUGUUGUGUGAUACGGCACUGUCAAAUACAUGCAUUACAUCGAGUUUUGCCAGUGAAUUUACCUGUUUUUAGUGUUUCUUCCGUUAUUGAGGAGCUUGUAAACGGAGCGGAACGUAAGACUUCGACACUGUAGCUGUCUAUACACAUAAAAAUAAAGAUUCCCGCGAAGUGAAGUGAUUUGGCACCGCACCAAAGACAAAACUUGUAAACUUUUUCAUCUCAGUGACAAGUGAAACAAUAAAAAUGUAUCACGUAAGGUCGCCCGUUGCAUUGACGCGCCAUCAUGUUGUGAAAAGAAAGUGACAGUUCAUCAAAAUGUCCGCAGUCAAACGCAAAAAGCGGAUUGAUAAAGCGUGCAGUAAUCAAAACAGGACUCGCAUAGACUAAUUUUUUUUUUAAUAUACAAUUUUCCUAAACCUGUGUGAAGGUUUUAUUUGAUCUCACAAUAUUAGUGCUCAAUACAUAAAGACUGAAUAUAUUAAUUAUCGUGAUCAUGAUUGCCUUGAAGAAACUGUACGGGGAUGAACUGCUGAGGCUCGCUCUAGUGCUGAGCCUGCUGAAAGCAGACCCAAACGACUACCUUGAAAGAGAGACGCAGCAACUUAUAGCUGGCUUACACAUCUCCAAUGGAUCUGACUGGUCAUUAGAACAAGAAGCGAGAACGUUAAUAAGACCACGUUACGUGCAUCCGAAAUCUCUCGACAACAUACUAAUAAAUUACGAGAGACAACUUUUCGAGGAGUUAAAUUCCCUCGGACGGUAUGCCAGUUCGUAUAAUGAACAUAAUGACCGGAUAUUUAACCAAGUUCAUACAUAUUUAGUGAAUAAUGUGGCGACUGAAACAGUCGCGCCCGUGUUGGCAACGGAAUCGGUUCCCGAUGAGACACCCGAAAGCGAUGGGGUGUCUGCCGAUGAUAAUGUGGCGCAGGAAGUGAAGGUUUCCGACGAGAAUGAAGAGCCUCAAAUUGAACCAGACGCUGUGGUCACCCUAUCGGCGGAUUUCUUGAACAACCACACCGAAAGCGACAUAUUUGCAGAAAUAGCUACGAGGUCUUUUGAUGUCAAUGAGUUUUUAGUGCCACCAAAUGAGAUGCAGCUCAAAACAGAGCCGAAUGAAGACCCUGAAUUGCUGAAUAUCAAUGUUAAGAAAGAGGAAAACGAUGACUUGUACAGUGAUAAUGCUAUCGACGAAUUUGUGCCGUAUUUUACGGCGAAAUCCGAAAAAUUCGAGAUGGACGACACAGAGUCUGUGCUUCAUCAAAAUAUGGCAGAUUUACGAGAUUAUGAUGAGUUUGAUGAUAUCAAAGAGUUAAGAAACGAUUUCGAUUACCUAAACGUGAAACAUCAAAACUUCGAUCAGUAUCUUCUUGAGAAUACACCUUUGGAUUCGGAAAUGUAUAAUUUGGCGCCAAUGUUUGACGACGAAUUGGUUUUGGACGUGAAGAGAGAAAGAGCUAGCACUAGUUUCACAUCAGCAAGCUCGAGUGGUGUGAGUGAAAUGGAUAUAUCCGGAAGUGAGACGCAGGACUUCAAGUCGGAGCCGGACGAGGGUCACCACAGCGGGGAUGAGUUGACGCAAGAGGACAUGGACCUUAUCGAGGUCCUUUGGAAGCAGGAUGUGGAUAUGGGCUUCUCUCUCGAGGACCCUGUCCAGCCGGAGGGUCCUCAAGCGACGAAGGUCGUCAGUGACGAGUUGGAUAAAGAGCUCCAGCUGGCAGAGGAGAAGAUACAGCAGAAGAAAGAAGAAACGGAGAAGAUUGAAAAGGUGAAGGCGUCGCUGUUGGAUACUGAAGUUAAAGAGGAUGAUCCUUGGGCGGGACUCUCGUAUACUGUGGACACGGAAACUGGUGAAUACGUGAUCCAGGGUGAGUUGCCCUGCGACCUGGUGAACAGCGAGGAGUCACGCUUCGACCUUCUCGAGGAAGCUCUCCAGCUGGUGGAACUCGGAGACGAGGCCGAGAGUAAAGAUGAACAGCCAGAGGCGGUAGAGGGCAGCAGCAGCGGCGGCGACGCAAACACCACCGAGAUGUUACACCCGGCGAUGCGGCACGUGCCGCACCAUCCGCUCGCGCACUACCACAAUCAGUCUCUAAUGCGCUCUAUGUCUGUCGAGCAGCGGUGGCAGGACCUGGCUUCGCUGCUGACGAUCCCGCCCCCGCCGGACCAGUACCAGCACUACCAUCACCACCACCAGCAUCCCCACAACAUCACUGGACACGGCGCUGCCAGCGGGUACGCUCCUAACUAUCACACGCCGAUACCGCCCGUGCCGGAGAAACAUCCAGAUGCUUAUGCAGGGGCCGCGGCUCCUUUGGAAGGUGCCUACAAGGUCGAGUCUGCUCAUCAUCCACAACAGCAUGAUGGGAUAUAUUAUCAGAAUUCGAGUGAGAUGGCGCCACCGGCCAACCAAGACGGCUUCCUGCAGUCGAUCCUGAAUGACGAGGAUCUGCAGCUUAUGGAUAUGGCCAUGAAUGAGGGCAUGUACACAAUGAGGAUGCUGGACGGCGCAAGCGCACACCACGCCCCGCAUCCCAACCACACACACAUGAUGAUGACGGAGCGUGACUCCGCGUCGGACAGUGCCGUCUCGUCUAUGGGAUCUGAACGCGUGCCGUCACUCUCAGACGGUGAAUGGUGCGAUGGUAGCGAUUCUGCGCAAGAGUUUCACAGUUCCAAAUUUCGACCGUAUGACGCGUCAUACGGUAGGGAACGGUCGGCGCCACACCAGCCCCAGAAGAAGCAUCACAUGUUCGGCAAACGCUGCUUCCAGGAGCAACCAACGCCAUCAUUAGAACCACUAACCAACAGGCCCAACCCAGGAGGCGUGGUCAAGUACGAGUGUCCCGAACAGACGUACCACCACGACAACAUGCAUAUGCACAACGUGGAGUUCGGCGCUCGCCACCAGCUGGCGCCCCCGCACGUGGCGUCCCUGCAGCCGGCGCUCGACCUGAACGCAGCGCACACCAGCCAUUCCUUACUACAAACUGGCAUCCCGAGUCCGGCAUCGAACCCCAACCGGUUCGCGUACGCGACCCCGGAGCGCAUCCGCCACAACCACACCUACAGUGCGCCGCUCGCCGCCGCCGACCAGCGGCCUGCCGCGGUCAGGGACAAGCGAGUCCGUCGCCUGACAGACGGGAGCAUAUCUGAUGGGGGAUCGUCAGCUACCAGUAGCGGGCAACACCUCACCAGGGAUGAAAAGAGGGCCAAAGCACUUGGUAUACCACUAGAGGUACACGACAUAAUAAAUCUGCCGAUGGACGAAUUUAAUGAGAGGCUCUCUAAACACGACCUGAGCGAGGCGCAGCUGUCUCUCAUCAGGGACAUACGGAGGCGGGGCAAGAACAAGGUGGCGGCGCAGAACUGCCGCAAGCGCAAGUUGGACCAGAUCACGUCGCUAGCAGACGAAGUACGCACCAUGAGGGAUCGCAAGCAGAGGACGCAGAGAGACCACCACUCGCUGCACGCAGAGCGGCAGCGAGUCAAGGAGAGGUUCGCCGCGCUCUACCGGCACGUGUUCCAGAAUCUGCGCGACCCCGAGGGUCGUCCGCUGUCUUCUUCGCAGUACUCGCUGCAGCAGGCGGCCGAUGGCAACGUGGUGCUGGUACCCAAGAUGUCACAACAUCCCGAUCACCCAAUGAACAGGACGUCAGACGAUGAAAUGGACAGAAAGGCAAAGAACUUCGAGCAGUGACACGCGCCUCUGUACCCCAGAUGGUAACGAACAUACAAACACAAGACUACAACGCAAUAAUAUAUAGGAUUUAUAGUUACACAUCUAUGGUCUCAUGUUACCCACCAUAGACACCAACAGUGCCGCCAUAUUGAAAAUGUGGAAUUGGCGUGAAUUAUUCUAUGUUGUCUAUGGAAAUGUUUACCGCGAAUUCAUUGCAAAGAUAAUUGUGAUGUAAAGAAAUAAAACAUAUACAUAUAAAACUGUUUGUCCUAAUUGUCAUCGCAGACUCAAAACUACUAUAUGUUAUUAUAUAAUAAGCUAAAAAUAUUGUUUGAAGAUUACAAUGUGACGACACAUUGCGAACAAAUCCGCGGUCAAUAGCUAGUUAUUCUGUAAAUGUCUAUAAUUACGCACAAUGUUUAACUAACUUUACGAUUAUCUUCAUAGUGAAUUCUACGUAUUUCCUAUAUUUAUGGUCUCAUUUUAAAGUCUUUCAUAGACAACGAGGUUUUCAUUUGUCUAUGCUUGCCUUUAAAUAGAAUACCAUUGUUUUAAUGUCUCUGAGGUCAGGUUAUGGCAAAAAUUAAACUAAUGUUUUGUUGGAAAAUAAAGAGCAGGUUAAUAUGUAUUUGUGAUUGAUAAAUUAUAUAAAUUUUUAAUCUUCUUUCUCGAAAUUUAUACAACUAAUAUAAAAGCACAGAGUAAAUUUGAAUGCAGAUAAAAUUUUUGACACUUUUGUUUUUAAUGUUACCUUUCACAUAAGCAAAAGUUACAACGACAUACAGC